AGUGUUUGCAGGCAACACUGUAUAGUCACAACCUUCCCAUCUUGUGGCCAUACAGCCAAUAUUGCAUCUCUUCAAUCUUACCAUUUCUCUCUCUCUCUCUCUCUCUCUCUCUCUCUCUCUCUGUGCUUAUGGAAACAAACACCACUGUUGCCCCUCCAAAGCCAGAAAACCAUACCCAUAACCACCACCAUUCACAGUCUCAACCCCACCAUCUCCAUCACCACAAUACCCUCUCUUCCACCACCAUUCUCAUAAUCAUCUUUCCCAUCAUCACAAUUGCCGUACUCCUCACCAUCCUCCUCAUUACAGUAAUGCUUUGUCGUCGAAAAUCUGCGAAAAAUGACAACAGUAGCUGCACCAAACCCACCAUUAAUGGCAUCAACAGGAAUUGCAUGUUUAUUGGUCAGAGCGCCAUAAGCAUCAAUUCUAGCCCAGAUGUGAAGGGAGGGUGUCUUUAUGGAGGGAAUUCAGGCAGAAAUCCAACAUCUGCUAAGCAUAGAGGAGUCCAAGUUUACACCUACAAGGAGCUUGAAUUGGCCACAGACCAAUUUAGUGAAACAAAUGUGAUAGGGAAUGAGGGGUUUGGAGUGGUUUACAAAGGGGUCCUAUGUGAUGGUACUGUGGCUGCUAUCAAGAAACUACACAGGGAAGGCAAGCAAGGCGAACGCGCAUUUCGGAUUGAGGUGGACUUGCUAAGCCGCUUACACUCUCCCUACUUGACGGACUUGCUAGGCUACUGUGCAGACCAACACCACCGCCUCUUGAUAUUUGAAUUCAUGCCCAACGGCACACUCUAUCACCACCUCCAUCCUCCUCGCAACCAAUCCUGGUCGUUGAAUUGGGGGACCCGGCUGCGCAUAGCCCUCGAUUGUGCCCGGGCCCUUGAGGUCCUCCAUGAGCAUUCUGUGCCGUCGAUCAUCCACCGUGAUUUCAAGUCCAGCAAUGUACUCUUGGAUCAGAAUUUCCGGGCCAAAGUUUCCGAUUUUGGGUUGGCUAAAACAGGGUCGGAUAAGAUCAACGGUCUGAUUUCAACGCGCGUGCUGGGAACCACUGGAUAUCUAGCCCCCGAAUAUGCUUCAACAGGGAAACUUACUACAAAAUCAGAUGUAUACAGUUAUGGUGUGGUUCUUCUAGAGCUCUUGACCGGCCGUGUUCCGGUCGACACCAACCGGCCCCUUGGAGAACAUGUCCUUGUCUCUUGGGCUCUUCCAAGGCUAACUAACAGAGAAAAAGUGAUGGAAAUGGUCGACCCAUCUCUUAAAGGCCAAUACUCCAAAAAAGAUCUAAUCCAGGUGGCAGCCAUUGCAGCCAUGUGUGUGCAACCAGAAGCAGAUUAUAGGCCUCUAAUGUCAGAUGUGGUGCAGUCCUUAAUCCCUCUUGUUAAGAACCUCUCUUCUGUAUCACUAUGCCCCUCUUCUACUUAG